AUGGCGAAUCCACCCAAGUCGGAGCAGUUUGACUGGGAGAUGUUUCGCUACGUCCCUUCCCUUGUCGGCGCCAUCAUCGCUCUCAUCAUAUUUUCUAUAAUGGCUGUCCUACACUUCUGGCAGUGGCUGCGUCUCAGGAACCACAUCGUCAUUUACGUUAUCAUAGGGACACUAUGUGAAAUAGGCGGCUUUGGGGCACGUAUCGGCUCACACUACGACAACGAAUCAUGGGCGCCUUUCAUCGUCCAGGGGACCCUUCUCCUGGUCGGACCGCUCUUCUUCGCCGCCACGAUAUAUAUGAUGCUGGGACGGACUGUCCGAAUGGCCGGAGGAGAAGAUGUUUCCCUCAUCAAGCCGACAUGGUACACACGGUUGUUCGUCGGGGCGGACAUCAGCACGCUCGUCCUCCAGGGGCUAGGUGCAUCUAUCAUGGGCUCUAUGCAGCUCAAGCUCGCUCUUGCUGGCGAGAAGAUCGUAAUCGCCGGUCUCGCACUCCAAGUCACAACCUUCGUCCUCUUCCUCAUCGCUUCUUUCGAUUUCAGCGUUCGAAUGGACCGGAAAGCUCGGGAUACACCGCACAGCGCCGCGAGUGGCGAUUGGAAGAAGGUGCUCUGGAUGCUCUACAGCGUAAGCUCGUUGAUCCUCCUCCGCUGCAUCUUUCGCGUCAUCGAAUACGCCAUGGGCAACGCAUCGUAUCUGAUUGCGCACGAGUGGACACUCUACGUUUUUGACGCCGUGCCGAUGUUCGUUGUGCUUGUUCUACUGUUGGUUUUGCAGCCCACAAAGUAUGUGCCGAAGGAGAACAAGAAGCUGAGCGUUUCAAGCGGCGAUACGGAGCGUGGAAUCGUGGAACAUAAGUGA